AAUAUCAGCUGUCAAAGUGUCAAGUAUUCUAAAAUAUCCAGUAGGUAAUAAAAAGCAAAAGUUAAAUAUUAUUAUAUUAUAUUUUCUCGGAAUCAAGAACUGUGAAAUCAUAAUUGAAAAAAUAGAAAACAACACCAAAAUGCGUUUUUUGGAAAACUUUGAUCCGGAAACAUCAGCCCGUGAACGACGAAAAUUGAAUCGAAAAAGUUAUUUUAUGAAUCGCAAUACUAAAAAGAUCUAUAAUGAGCGUGGACAAAUAGCUGCUACUGGUAAGGACCUUUGCGAUUGUUUAGAUGAAGUUUGUCCUGGGUGUCACUUCCCUUGUCCAAAAUGUACAUCUAACAAAUGUGGACAUGAAUGCAGGGUAAACAGAAAAUGGAUGUAUGAAAAGAUUGAAAUAGAAGGGAAUGAUUUUGUCAUAAGGAACGUCUACAGACGAAAAUAAUUAUAAGGUUCUAAUCAUUCAUUGGCUAAUAACUUGAAAAAAUAUUCAACUUCCAAUUCACCAUCUUCUGGUAGAUCUGUACAAUGGACUGCAUUAUGUACUAUAUUUUUUCCAUAAAGUGCUCUGAUUGAAUCAGGAUAUAGUUGACGACUCAGUUCCUGAGAUAUGACAAAAUAGCUUAAUUUAAUUGCUAAAUAAAUUUUUAAAGACA